CCCGUUUGAUACGCAGCAUUGGCGUCUUGCGUGAGAUGCCCCGGUCAUCAAAUUAAUUUGAUUUCAGUUAUAGUUACAGUUAUUAUUAAUGCAAAGUCUGAAUGUGAAAGCAGAUUUCACAUGCGAUUGAAGAAAAAUACGAUUCUUUCGUUAUGUUAAAUUUUUAUCCGCACUAUUGAGUAAAUCAUUUUAAAUUUUAUUACUUCUAAAGAAAUUGUGGAGACGAAGAAAGGACUGCAGGAUGACCUGAUUGACGGAUGGACCGGUGUCAAGAGCUUCAGGCUAGAUCUUCCCGAGCCCUCUCCUCUACCUCGAGAAGUCAGAGGGGAACUGGAACUAGUAACAACAGAAGUGGCCCUUGGUGGAAAGCCUGGAUGAAAAAAUAUGUGAUCUCUUCCCUUGUGUGUGGAGGCUUGUCUGUGUUCCAUGGCAUUGUUUUCAUCAUCAUUUAUCUUUUACUUCGUUCCUACACUUCCUCCCUGCAGUUGUUUGAAACAAUACCAACUUAUGUACCAGGAGUGGUGUUUAUUCUUACUGGCCUUAUUUUGAUGUGCUUUGCAAAAAGGAGGAAUAGAUAUGCAUUUUUGGUAAGAAACUUUAUACUUGUCAUGUUGUAG